AUGGCAAAGAGGGACGAAAAGGAAGAGGGGGCAGAGGUGUCGCUCGAGGAGCUCAACAAUGGGGCCACGCAGCCCAAGCACUUUUCGACGAUGGCGCUCCUGGGCCUCAGCUAUGCCAUUCUCAACACCUGGGGUGCCAGCUCGGGCUCGAUCUACAUUGGUCUGGGAUCCGGCGGACCCGUGUCGGUCGUGUGGGGCACCGUCGUGGGCACCCUGGGUGCGCUCGCCAUCGCCUGCAGCCUGGCGGAAAUGUGUCAGGUGAUCCCAACCAAGGGUGCUCAGUACCACUGGUGCUUCUCGCUGGCCGACGGACGGCGCAGCCAGCGCUUUCUGAGCUACAUGAGCGGCUGGAUGGGCACGGCUGGCUGGCUCGCGCUGACGUCGACGGCGCCCUUUCUCACCGCCCAGUCCAUCCAGAUCAACAUCCAGCUGUUCCACCCCACCUUCCAGCCGGGUCCCUGGUUCCAGUUUGUGCUGUACAUGGCCCUGUCCGUCUAUGCAGCGCUGAUCAAUGCGUUUGGCGUCCGGCUGAUGAACUCGCUCAACACGGCGGCUCUUUUCUGGUCCAUCAUUGGCGCGGUGACGGUGACAGUGACGCUGCUCGCCUGCUCGGGCGCCCACGGCACCUUGAGAGACGGCCGCUGGAUCUUUACCACAUUCAUCAACCAGACGGGCUGGCCCGACGGCGUGGCUUGGAUCAUGGGCCUUCUCCAGACGCAGUACUCGCUCGUGGGUGCCGACGGGGCGGCGCACAUCGUCGACGAGAUUGCAAACCCGCGCCGGAACGCGCCGCUGGCCAUGGUCUUUUCCUGCCUCAUUGGCGGUUCCUCGGCCCUCGUCGUUUGCAUCGCCUUUCUGGCCGGGACGACGGAUGCCACGGCUGUUGUCGAGGGCCUCGGCGGUGGCUACCUCGUCGCCAUCAUGCAGAGCCUGGGCAGCUUGGUCGGGACCACUUUUAUCGAUUUCAUCUAUCUUGCCAACCAACUCUUUACGACGCCCGCGCUCGUCAUCACCUGCUCGCGCAUGGUCCAGUCGUUUGCCACCGACGGCUGCCUGCCAUUCGCCGCACACCUGGGCGGCGUCUCGGCGCGCUUCGAGACACCGCUGUGGGCCGUCGCCUUCAACCUCGGCUGGCUCACCGUCUUUGGGCUGAUGAUGUUUGGCUCGCCCAUUGCCAUCACGGCCGUCCAGAGCGCGUCCGUCGUCAUGCUGCAGAUGUCCUACAUUCCCUCGAUUGCCCUCAUGCUCCUCCACCGCCGCGACUGGUUCUCCCGCCUGGGCUGCGCGCAGACGCCGCUGGGCCAGCGCUGGGGCCCUCUCGUCAACGUCAUCGCGCUCCUCUACAUUGCCGUCACCACCGUCUUUUUCCUCUUUCCCGCCGUGUACCCCGUCACGAUGGGCUCCGAGAUGAACUACGCCGUCGUCGUCCUCGUCGCCUCGGUCCUUCUCGCGCUCGCCAACUGGUUCCUCAUUGCCCGCACGCGCUUCACCGAGCCUCGCGACAUUGCCGACGUCACAGGCAGGUGA